AUGGACUCUUUGUUCUUCAUUCGGAUUGAGAGAGAAAAAGUAUUUUAUAAAUCAGUUUGGGGUGAAAUGGCAACAAUAAUAGUCCUAACAUUUGUUAUUGUUUACUCAAUAAAUUAAUUUAUUUAUUGGGAAUCAGUUAAAUGAUCUCUCAAGUUUCAACAUAUUAAAAACUUAUUAGUGAAGAAAGUUAUUUAGAAUAACUUUUUUUUAAAGAAAGAUCCCCAUUAAUUGGUUGAUAUAAUUGAUAGCUAAAUAAAUCCAUUUGAUAAUAACUCAAUGAUUAAUAUCCCAUUACUUUAUAUAUCUAAUGAAGAAUAGGCUUAUAGGUUAGAUUUUUUAGAAGAUGGAUAGUAUAAAACUUUAAUUGUAGAUUUGAAUAAUUAGCUGGAUAAUUAUUUGAUAAUAAUUUUUGUUAAAUGUAUAGAUAAUGAAUAAAAUAUAUCUGGAAUAUAAAAUUGUGCAAGUUAAGAAUAUAGUGAUAAAUUCUUCAAUUAAAUCGAUUUUAGUCUUAAAUACAUGGACUUUAUUUGA